UCUGAAGUAUGUGGUUCCGAUCCGAUAUUUGUCUGUCCCAUCUGACAUUUCUUAUUGUUUACUGUUUUCAUCUAAAAUUCUAAAAUAUGGAAAUUUGUAAUAAAUACUUCUUCAGCCGUAGAAAAAUAUAUUAUAUUCAUUUGAAAAAGUGAAUGUGGAUGUUUCAUGGAAAUAUUAUGAAGGAAUAAUCCAAUUGUCAUUUAAAGAUGAGAAUCAAAUUCUGCUACCUCUUCAUUCAUGAGAAAUCCUUUGAAAACUUGUGAGUUAUUGAAUGGAAUGACUAGGAAAAACUUACCUUUUUGAGAAGUGGCUCUUUGUGAAGAAAAUGGUUCACUAUAUUCAUCAGUUUUAAUUUAAUGAUGACUAAUUACAUGCAAAGAGUGGGGUUUACAGCAUGGAGAAGAAAAACUACAAUCUUAAUAGCAUCUGGAUUAGUGAUACUAAUAAUAUUUGGGCUGCAGUUUUCAAGACUAGAUGAUAAUAGAACUGACACCUUGAUAGAGGAAGAGAGAGAUGCAGAAAUUGUUGGGGCUGCUUUGAUGAAAAGUGUAAAAAAUGUUAUGUUCAUAGAGAGUGUGAAUAAAAUUAAUAAAGACAGAAUGGAUUCACUAAUAAGAUCAAAUAGUGAUGGAUCAGAUGAAUCAGCAAAGAAUAUAAAGCAUGGAAGAGAUGCUAAAUCAGAUAAGCAUUACGAAAGUCUUGAAAUGGAGCAACAGCUUGGGAUUCCCUUUGUUAAUUUGGACUCAAAAAAUCCUUAUGUUCCUGGGAAAAGGAUAGUUCAUCUAGAUUUGAAAGGAGCCCCUCCUCUUUUGUCAUAUUUGAGAAAGCUGUUCCCUUUGAUUAAAAUAUUAGGAGCCACUGGUGUUUUGUUAGAAUAUGAAGACAUGUUUCCCUUCAAUGGGCCGCUAAAAAAUAUAUCUGCUGGUAAUGCCUACACUAUGGAUAAUAUCAAAGAAAUUUUGAGCCUCGCAGAUAGUUCAAAACUUGAAGUGAUUCCUCUCGUUCAAACCUUUGGACAUGUUGAAUUUGCUUUGAAACAUUCAGAUUUUGCUCAUUUGAGAGAAGUCGUAGGAAGCCCUCAAGCUCUAUGUCCAAGUAGAAAAAGUUCUUUAGAUUUCAUCAGAGAAAUGAUUGAUCAGAUCAUGGUCCUACAUCCUACUACAAAAUACCUACACAUUGGCUGUGAUGAAGUAUUCCAAAUGGGAGAAUGUGACAUUUGUCGACUGGAAGUUCAUGAAAAUUUGUUUCUCAAACACGUUAAGAAUGUCGCAGAUCUAGUCCGAUCCAAAUAUCCUAACGUUCGAGUGAUAGUUUGGGAUGAUAUGUUGCGCCACAUAUCCCAACAGUCAAUGCUUGACGUCAACCUUGGAAAUUUAGUUGAACCAAUGAUUUGGGUUUAUGCAGAAGACAUAUACCGUUUUGUCCAGCCCACCGUUUGGGAAAAAUAUGCUGCCGUGUUCAAGACUGCUUGGACAGCCUCAGCAUUCAAAGGAGCGUUUGGAGAAACUCUAUAUAUACCGAAUGCCAGAAGGCAUCUUGAGAACAAUUUGAGAUGGCUAGACGUUAUGGCUACGCAGUCGAUAUCAUUCAAGAAAGGUCUCGCUGGAAUAGCUAUUACCGGUUGGCAACGUUAUGACCAUUUUGCUGUUCUCUGCGAACUACUUCCAGCUUCCAUACCAUCUCUAGCUUUAAGUUUGAUAGCCCUAACUCAUGGAUAUUUCAACUCGUCUUUGAAAGACAAACUUCUAUUAUCACUCAGUUGUCCAGAACAGAGUUCAGAUACGUCUCCCUUUAUAACGCUAGAAUCAGAUCCGUUCAUGUGGGAGAAAUUGAAUAGAUGCAUGUUCCCAGGUAACGCAUUUUUCAGGUUGACCAAUAGGUAUCACAAUCUGGAAGCAGAAGUAAAGGAACUGUUGGAUGUCACGAGGAGAAGAAAAGGAUGGAUGACGUCUUACAAUAUUCGCCACAACUACAGCUUGCCACUGAGAGUAGACGAAUUGACUAUCGAUUUGCCUAGAAUGUAUCAUGGUAUGAUGUCUCUAGCUAGAUCGGCGGUGGAUUCUAUGACAGAAAUUUUUGAUAACUAUACAAUAUCUGAAUGGAUCGAACAAAAAAUUUACCCAUACGUUUUUGAGUUUGAACUGAUUCAAAACCAAAGUAUUGUGCUCAAAAGUGUGAAUCAUUGGCCUUCCAGGCCUUUGGCACCUCUUAAAGAUAUGUAUAGGUUGAAUAUUGGUGUUGCUAUCAAUUAGGAAAAUUUGGAGGGAUAUAGAUGUUCACUGGAAAUCACAGCAGAUGUUAUUAAUUUCAUCUGAGGAAGAUCUGAGUACAAAUAUUAAAAACUAUUGUGAUUCAUAUACAUUUCCUCAAUUUCAAAUUUUAAUUCAUCGAGAUUUAUAUAUAUUCAAAUGUACCAAUGACAUAAAAUAAAACAUAAUUUUCUGGUUGUAUAACGACAUUGCUUUUCACAAUUGUAUAGAAAAAAAAAUAAGUCUUUGGAAAAUUAUUAGAUAUCCAUUAUAAAGGUAAUGUAACUUUGAGUAUAAAAAUAUUUCAAAAGCUCUAGAGAUACUUGUGGAAUGAUGAUGAAAACACAAUACUUUUCAGAUUCACAACUCUAAUGUGGAAAUUAGGUGAAAUUAUAGAAAAAGAACUAUGACCAAAAUUCUAAAUAUUUGAAUUUUUUUCGUGAAACGUGUGACACAAAGACUCGUU